UCGCACCACACCAGCAUAUGCACGACUGCAGACACGCGACAGGACAUAAUGUAACAGUUGUACGGUUUGUCACGAGUGUUCCGUGAAGUGACACCGAGCCACGCAGGGAUGCGGAGGUUGAGGAGGUUUGGGAAUUUACGAUCGAGGCUGCCGGAGUGCCUCUGCGCCACCCGUUAAAGCGCUUUUCGGACCUGACAGCAUCCUUCCAUCCCCGAUUCCAUGCCGUGCUUCCAGAAUGGGGACUAGUUUCUCCAACCUGACGGCUUUCCAGUCCCUGCACAUCGUCAUGCUGGGCUUGGACUCUGCGGGCAAAACCACCGUGCUCUACCGGCUCCGGUUCAACGAGUUCGUCAACACGGUGCCCACCAUCGGCUUCAACACGGAGAGGAUCCGGCUGGGUGGCGCGGGCACAUCCAGGGGCAUAAGCUGCCACUUCUGGGACGUCGGCGGCCAAGAGAAGCUGAGGCCCCUGUGGAAACCCUACAGCCGCUGCACGGACGGCAUCGUGUACGUGGUGGACUCGGUGGACGCCGAGAGGCUGGAGGAGGCCCGGGCCGAGCUGCAUAAGAUCACGCGCUUCUCCGAGAACCACGGAACCCCGCUGCUGGUCAUCGCCAACAAGCAGGACCUGCCGCGGGCCCUUGACGUGGCCGACAUCGAGCGGCAGCUGGCCCUGUCCGAACUGAGCCCGUCCACGCCGUACCACGUCCAGCCCGCCUGCGCCAUCAUCGGCGAGGGGCUGCACGAGGGCAUGGACAAGCUGCACGAGAUGAUCGUCAAGAGGAGGAAAUCGCUCAAGCAGAAGAAGAAGAGGCAAUGAGAGAAGCAAUAACCUUCAUAGGAAACGUCUGGAGGCCGUUUAGAAUUCGGAGGGAUGCCAAAACAAGGCGUGCGAUUAUUCACUGCAUGCGGGGAUGUUCGGUGCUUAACACAUUUAGUAGACCGCCUGUCAUUCAAACGACAAGUGUCAAUUGCUUGAAUGCCGAAUGUGUCAAGUUCAGGAAUUUCUCAAGCCCUUUCAAAUGUGUCUCAUUGGGCUUCACUGAGAAGUCAUCAAUCGGUUAAGCAUAACAUUAACCCCUUCGACCACGUGUCAUCAUUUGAUAUCUUAAAAAAAUAAGAAAAAAGAAAGAAAAAGUGCGUGACUAUUUGUCUGCUUUUUUGUAAAGCAGGACAUUUAAUAGGGACACAUUCGCGAAUAACACGAAACGCUGAAAGUCACUUCUUUAUAUUUUAGCAUUCAAAAUAAGCAUGUGACACAUUGCAAGUCUUUUACAUUUUGAGUUAUUACAACCAUUCUAAUUCUAAUGCAAGUCCCUAACGCAAAUAAUUCUUCCAAGGGGUUAUUCGGUGAACAUUUAUUAGACCAACUGUCAUGAAAUCGACAAGACACCAUCCAGCAUCAUUGAGCGCGUUCAUCCAGACUCUUCAUUUUUCAGUGAUUUCUCAAUGUUUUAACAUUUUCAAGACGGAGGAGGAAUUUCUAACUGAAUUCAUCUUUCAUACCCAAAUGUGAUGUGGCUCACGGGCUUCUUGAAGUCAGAAAUCAAUUCAGAAACGCAAUUGGCCACUCUUUCAUCAGCUGACAUGGGACAUCUUAAAGGUCAGAGUGCAAAGGUUUAAAAAAGCCAUAUUCAUACCUCUAGAACCCCUUUACAAACCAUGACUGCCAUUUUGAGGUGAUUAAUCAAUUCAUCAAUCCAAAUUAUAACUCUGAAUGUGUCGUCUGCGUUUGGAAUCUCGUGUCUCCCCAUCUUCGGCCGUCGUCGGCUAUUUUCGGCUGUGACGUAACAAACGGCACACCUUCCGUUCAGUCAGCGUUAGCACACACACGCGCACACACAUCGUUGUUCGGUUUAUUGCCGCAUACUUUGCUAUUUCGCAAAGUUUUAUAGUAUUGAAGCUGCUUGUAAUCAUGGUGUGGGCAGUGUUGGUGUUCUUUAGGCUUUCCAAGCAAUAAAAUAACACAAGAGUAGACAAGUAACCUUCGAAUCAGUGUGUUUUUCAGAAACAUUUAGCAGAAAGUAUUGAAUACACGGGCAUAGUUCGAGCCAGGAUGGAGCAAUAUAGACAUACUGGAGCAAAUAUAAAAAAAUAUAUAUAUAAAAAUAUAAAUAUUCAUCCUGCUCAUAUUCCAUAUUGUAGUUCCCCAUUCAGUGUAAGUGCAGGACGAUAAACAUUACAUCACUUCCGUUAGGCCGUGCUGUGGAUAGAGUAACUACAUCCAGGAUGUCUCAAAAUGGGGAAUGUUCAGGAUUGCUCAAUAAAAAAAAAAUUUUUUUAGCCAAUUUGUGGUUGACAACUUGGUGUAAAUGACGUGUAUGUAUUACAAAACAAGUUAACAAUGCAAAUAUGACUUUUAAUCGACUGCCAUGAAGUCCUUGCACUCUGAUCUUUGAGAGAUGAUAUAAUGUGUUUCACUAUUUUUUUUAUUUUCUGUUCAAAAGUAAAAUUAAAAGAUUUAUUGUGGGGAAAUUCCUGCAUGACGAUAAUAGUUAUAUUUUCAUAAUAAAAAUAUCCAUCCAUCCAUUUUUAAUUCCGCUUAUCCUGUUCAGGAUCAUGGGGAGGGGAUGCUCAUCCCGUCUGAGUCAAACUACAUUAUACUAUAGACAGAGCACAGGGAAUUAAAAAGAUCCCUAGAUGGGAAAUUCAGGUCUCUGAAAUGUUUAAAAAAAUAACAAUAACAAAAUAUAAAUAGAAUAAAAAGACAGUCAGAAACAAUAGCAUAUAAAAACAGGUAUUGAAUCUAUGAAUGUGAUUUCUUACUAUGAUUUGUAUUAUAGCAACAAUACAAAUUAUAGUAAUCUUCUUCAUUUUUAGGGUGGCUAUGGUAUUACCUUAGAUUGGGUGAUGGUCUAUUACAUUUUUUUAAGCACUGUAAAUCAAUUGAACAUUUUUUUUCAGGGAACACAUUUCAAAAUCCCCUAUUAAAAUGACAUGCAUACGCAUGAGCAAUUGUAGGAGAAUUAAACAUACAGGAUGAACACCGAGUGUAUGCUUCUCCAUGUCAACAAAGACUGCGAGCCCUGUGGUAACAUCAGCACCUAAGUCGUCCGUCCUGGAUGUCGGAUGUUCGUCAUGAAAGUUGUCCCAGCAGAGACGAUCCCUUCACCUGGAGUCCAGGAAGACAAUAUGAUGUCAAGGUCAAGAAGCCUUUAAAAAAAAAACUCACCAAUGUGCACUCCAUACAAGGAAUGAAAGGAGGCUUGAAUGCCUUUUAACUUGGGAUUGUAGCAUCUCAUGAAAGAUUACUUUUUAAGUGCCAUACUUUCAAACAGAAAGACAUUUGGACUUUUGCUGGAAGGACUGUCCUAUAAUUCCACAUCUCUUCCAAAUGUAACCAACAAGUAGCAGAAGAUGGUGCAUGCAAGCUAAAGAUGCACGAUGGCUGAUGAUGUUGUGCCAAAUAUUCUAACUUCAAGUCUCCUCUUCAUCAUUGCAGCUUGCGCAAACUUUUAGACCAGGUGUCCAAACUGCGGCCCACCAUCCAUUUUUUAGCGCCCUGCAGCAUAUACAAAAAAAUAACAAUACACAGUAUGCAACGUAUUUUAAAAAAUCUUAGUAUGUUACUAUUUAGGCUGAAGUAUUUCAAAACGUUCCCAUUACCCUUCAAACCUUGAGGUUGUGAAGCCUCUCACAUUAAUGUCUAAAAUUACUUACUAUUCUGCUUUUAACCCAAUAUGUAGGCUACAGAAUUUGGUGUACUUACCCGCGCAUCUUUUUCUGGACAUCAGUGUUCAUGCAGAAAAACAACCGAGCAGCAUCUGGAAUGUUAAUUCCCAUGUUGUAAUGAAGUGGAACUGCAGGAUGUUAUACUUCUAGCAAGUGCCACCAGAGCGGCAGCUGUGAAAGUUGACUGAACACAGUUGUCAGCAAAACCAAAUGUGUUGUGACACGGCAAAAUGACUUACAAAAGUAUUUUGGGGAUGAAACACUUUGUGACUGAUCGUGUUAUUUUAAACAAAAAAAAUGCAAAUUGUUUGAGCACUUUUUCCCUUCGUAGUUUACGUUCGCAAAUGCCCUGCAAAUGGAGGCCUCUUUCCAGAGGUGGCAAAAGCGUUUAAGUAGAAGUACAGAUAUUUGUGUAAAAGAAGACCCUGGGAAAAGAAAGCACUGAUUCAACUCCUUUACUUAAAUACAGUAUACUGAACAAAAAUAUUAACAAAACACUUUUGUUUUUGCUCCCAUUUUUCAUUAGUUAGAAUAAAAGAUUUUAGACUUUUUAAUGUACACAAAAUAAAAUAAAAAAUCUCUCAGAUAUUGUUUACAAAUCUGUCUAAAUCUGUUUUAGUGAGCACUUCUCCUUUGCCGAGAUUAUCCAUUUACUUCACUAUGACAGCAAGCCCCUUUCCACCAGUUAUUUUAAAAAAUGCUUCUUUUUAUGAGUAUGAGUAAAAAAAAAAAAACUUUUUUUUUUAAUCACAUACAUGGGCAGCCCAUUUCCGCCAGUGACUUUUUUUUUUUAAUCACUUGCAAAAGUCUGUUUGUGCCAUUGAUUUUUUUCC